AUGUCGAAGAUCGCCUGGACUGCUCUGGUCGCCUCCGCUGCCUGCGUGGCGCUCGUGCUUCUGAGGCGGCGCCGUCGUGCAAACGGACGCCACUCAGUCACCGUGAUCGACUCGGCUAGCGUCCUGGACGCCGCGUUGACUCGCUGGUCAUGCACCCACCGCGUGCUGGGGCUCGAUGUGGAGUGGGUGGCCGGAUCUCGACCGGCGGCGCUGCUGCAGCUCAGCUGUGGCGACGAGACAGUCGUGGUGCAGCUCUCCAAGCUUGCCCCGCCCGAGGCCCUGCUGCGGCUCCUCGCCGACCCGCGGACGAGCAAGGUCGGAGUGGGUGUUGCGCAGGACCUGCGCCGCCUCGAGACAUGGGCCAACACCGGGGUGGACGCGUGCUCCUCUCGCCGCCUCAGCUGCGGCGGCGGCGUCGACCUGAUACCGAUCGCCGUGCGGUGCGGCUGCGCGGGCCGGAGCCUCGCCUCGCUCUCGGAGGAGCUGCUGGGCGAGAGGAUGCACAAGGGAGCGGUGCGGAGGAGCAACUGGGAGGCGGACACGCUCAGCGUCGAGCAAGUCGCGUACGCCGCGAACGACGCGCGCGCCUCGCUGCGUGUCUACCUGGCGCUGCUGGCACGGCUGGACUGGCGGUCACGGGCGCCCCUUCCCACAGUGGCCGCCCCUUCUCUGCCGCCGCCGCGCAGCGGCGAUGCGGCGGCGGCCCGUGGCCGCUGCGUCCGGAUCCCGACUCGCUCUCAGCCCGUCUACGACGGCGAGCCCUCACCUCUCUCCUGCGCCCGCGAUGCAGUCGCUUGA